UCGAAAGACCAAACCUUGUAAAAAGUGAGUUGCGUUCAGGAAGUUUCGGGGGUGGAAUAAAUUUUGUUAGAAAAUUAGGUACAAGUUACUCUGAGAAACAUGUGGGAUACUAUGAUUCGCCGAAUUGAUGUCGACUAUGAAUUUCACACAAUCUAGAGCAAAAUGUUACUCUAACAAUUGAUUUUUUGCCAUUAUAUUACAGAAAAUAUUUCUGUUCCAUAGAAUUUGACUACAUGUCUAUUAGUUCAUUAUUUGGACAACUUCUGUUCGAUAAGUUUUAAAAGUCAGAGAUGACUGUCUAUAACCCUACAUAGUGUACUUAACAGGAAGAGGUGGUAGUUAAAACGGUUUGGUAAAGUAAUUAUAGAUUGCCAUUGUUAUUCUGGGUGGUACUGAGAUUUCAAUUCCUCCAUCUGCUUUAUGGCAAGUAGCAAAUGAAAGUACAACACUGAGGUCGAUCUUCGGCACUUGUUUGACGUCCAUAGUUGAUAGUUCAUAUGAUAUGAGGGAAUCUUUUCGACGAAUGCGUUUUCUGUACAGCUUGUGCGUAAUUAAAUUUAUGUAUCGUCUGAGCUGUAUGUUCACUCUCCUAUCCUACCUCAGACGUUAUACUGGUUCAAUAUUUUGAUAAAGUUCUGCUUUUGGUGUAAUAGUGUUGUAGUUUCUACUCGAGAAUCAGCUCAUAGAGAACAUGAGUAACAGAAAUUAGGGUAGCUUUCAGGUUAAUCUCCACUUCUAACUAAUUCAUUUGAUAUGAAGCAGUUAAUCAGACUGCGGUUCAAAAAUAUACGCUCGUAAAAAAUUUAAACCAAAUAAAUAUACGUAAUUACUUAGUUGACUUACGCCUGUUACCUCCCAUCGGCAUUCUCCAUCGAACUCUGUCUUGAGCAGCCCUUUUCAGUUGCUAUUCGUCUUUUUAAUAUCUGCUUCUAAUUCUCGGUGCAGUGUGUUCUUUGGCCUUCCUCUUCCCGUUUCUCCUCAGAAUUCCAAUCUAGCGAUGGUUUCAUGAUGCAGUUUGAGGAUUUCCGCAAUGUAUGUCCUGUCCACUCCCACCGCCUUGUCUUAAUUUCCUCUUCAGCUGGAGGUUGGUGUGAUCUCUCACAUAGUAGGCUGUUGCUGAUGGUAUCCGACCAACGGACAUUCAUUAUCUUGCGUAGAAGACAUAAUUAGUACAUCAUUCACACAUUUCUGACUUGGAAAGUCUGUACCCUACUCCAAUUUUAAGUCACAUUCGGAAACGGACUUUGAAACUACCCACUUUCUUACUGAGACAUUACCUGCUGAAUAUUGAGGCUUCAGGGCCAGUGUCUCCGCUAGCUUCUGUUGCUAAGCUUCGGCCAGUGAUGAAGGCAGUGCUACUCGUAAAAAUCAUAUAAUAAAGGGAACUGUUUUCGUGAUUGUUAUUUUUUAUUUUAGCAUCUUGGUCUCAGCAGUCCGUUUCUCCGGAUCCGUCAGCAUGGAUCAUUUUAUCAUUGGCAAAGAAUUAUCUGCACAUUCUGACGUUUCUUACGAAACUAAAUUAAAAAAGUGUAAACGUAAAUGUUUGUUCGAACCCAUUUCAGAAAAUGAAAUUGAUAAAGCUUAUGCGGAAUUACUGUCAGGUCUAUCUCAAGAGUUCGCCCGUGCUUCAGCACGCUUAUCCAAAGGCGUAAUCGAAAACGGUCGAGUUCGUCUUUCACAAAUAUGUGGGAAGUAUUUCCGUAUAAUGGGUUUCUCUCUUGAUGGCUCAUCUUAUCUUCAUCCAGAAGAAGCAUUAUACCUUGCUGAAUGUAAUAAAAUCCAAGUACUUGUUAGUGGUUUACCACUGAGUAUUCAAGAACUUUACGAUCAGCUUUUAAACAAUGAAACAUAUCCAUACUAUCUGGCCUACUCUCGAUUAUCACGAUUAAAUUUCAGUCUUCGAAAACGAGCAAAUUUUGACCUAAAGUCAUAUUACCACUGUGUGACAGAUAAAUUAUUUAAAAUUCCAAAAUCAAUUAACGUUUCAAUUACAACCUAUCCACUUUUAAACCAUGAAUAUAGAAAACCUAUCGGAAAGAGAAAGUUUAUAGACUUUCAACCACUUAUUAAUCAUAAUAAAAUACAUUCUAUCACCGAUCUUAUGCAUAAUUUACAAGAGAUUGUACAACCUGCCAGUGAUAAAUCUGUUAAGUCAACGAAGGAUUUAAAUCUACUCUAUGAUAUUUAUGGAAACAAUCAUACAGAGAAAAGACGUAUUAUUAACUUCUCUAAACGCUCCCCUCCUCAUCCUGAUUAUGUUUUAUCUGUUUUGUCACCAAAACAAAUAUACCCAGACAUAGAUUCUAAAAGUUUGGUAAAAGUUGGUCUACAGCCAGAUACAUCUGUUCUUAUAUGCAUGGUAGAUGGAUGUGAUGUUUCAUUCUAUAUAACCAACUGUUUUGUAAUUCCAAAUAUUAAUUUUCAAGUAACUCGUCAAGAAAAUAUGACGUGGAUUUAGACUAAAUAAAAGAUUAUUUGUGUACACUUGCUUUUUUUCAUACAAUAAACUCAAAUCAAUCACUUCAA